AUGUACGGCUCGACAAGUACAACAUCAAGCUCAAGCGAACUGGCGCCACGGAAACGGGCCAUCAAGGCUCAUCGCAAGUCUCGGCGCGGAUGCUUCACCUGCAAAGGUCGCAAAGUGAAGUGUUGCGAAAGCCGCCCGCAGUGCACCAACUGCCUCAAGACCGGGCUCACCUGCGUGUAUCCCGACGAAGAGGCGAAGGUGAUAUCCACGAAAAUCGGCAAGAUCCAGUAUCAGUCUCGUGGAUUCAGUCUUCGUGACAUGAGGUUCUUUCACGACUUCAUGACGGCCAGCUUUCCUCAUUUGCCAUUGAAUGGCGAACAUGCCUGGAAGAACGAUAUUCCAAUUUUUGCCCAGGAGCAUGAUUUCCUGAUGCAUGCUAUACUGGCUCUCGGUGCCUCUCACCUUCAUGCGCGGACCAACCUUGACCUGAAAAAGGCAGUCGAAAGACACAGAGCCGUAGCAAUGCGUGGUCUCACCGAUAUCCAUUGUGAAGACGCUGGCCAGUCUCGGACAGACAAUGAUCACAGAAUGACCAAGCUCAAUGCCCAGCUUGCGACUGCAUAUGCACUCACAUUCUGUUCGUCGUACAUGGGAGACUCUCUGAGUUUGCUCUUGGUCUUGGUUCGGAGCUGUGCUUCCUUCUCGAUGCAAAUUAUGAACUCUGGCUUCUCGUCACCCCUUUUCCCUGGGGGUGGUCGCACGAUUAGCUCAGAUGAUCAUGCAAAGGUCAUGCGCGAGCGCCUCUCUGACGCACCGCCAUUGACCAAUGUAUCACGAGUCGAAAGCACCAAAGCAAGUCUGGAUAAAGUUGCCAGCGUUUGCACCUUCACAUCCACCGAGUUGGCUAUUUGGACGCACAUGAGUCAGAUCCUCGAGAAGAUCAACAACCCAUUCGAGUCUUAUUGCCAUCUGAUCGCUAUUUACGACGCAUUCACAAGAAUGUCUGCGGCCGACUUUGCCCGCUUUGCAGAUAUCUCAAACUUCAGUAGCAGCUCGAAUUGCCAUUCGGGCGGUUGA